UAUAUAAUCCAUAUCUGUACUCAUCUUUUAAUCAGGGAAAUUAAUGAAAAGGUGCUUAACGGGAAUCAAACUCUCUCUGACGCGCUUACCAAGACACUCGUGCUCCGACGCCGGUAGAGCGGGAGCUCGCCGGCGUCGCCUCCGUCCCAUCUUCUUCUUCAUGGUUUCUUUUGCUCCAAGUCAAAACUCUCGUUCUGUCACUUAUUUCGCCUUUCCUCAAUCAUUUAUUCUGGAUCUUGAGAUAACAAAACUGGAGAAGACCUUUGUGGUCUCUGCUCGGGUUUUGGAGACCACCGGACCUGCAUCCUUCACCGGGGAAUCCUGGAAUUGCGGUACAAAGACCACCUCUCCCUGCCUCGACCCACAAAAGGGAUGGCUCUCUAUCUGCAACAGAUCUGCAACUCACUACGCUUGCACAAAUGGCGCCUCACAUCACCUCUUCCCCCUUUCUGAGUUCAACUUUCAGCUGCGCUCCAGAUCUGAGAGGACCUCCACGGGUUUCUCCGGAUCUGAGCUACUCUCAGAUAAAGCUCAAAGCUCAGACGUAAAGAACACCUCAAGCCACCGUAGUUCAUCAACUUCACGUUACAAACGGGAUUCCGUACCUCUCCUCGGUGGCUGCUCAAUCCCUAAACUUCCGAUCUUCACGGUCUCCUAUCCUCCAUCUUGCGCCACCGUCCUUCACCCCGCCAAUGAGGUGUGCCCUAAUUCCGCCGCACGCACGCUGCUCGUAAAGUUCAGAUCCGUUGAGGGUAAUGCUGACAUCAGCCCUUCCUUUUCAUCUAUAUGGGCCAGGCCCAUGCCAUUUGCAAAAGUUUUUCAAUGAGUCUCGAUGGAUUCACCGAACCUUUGAUCCAAACUAUUGUGAACACGAUGUUAUAUCAUUCGAUUCAGAAGCGAUCCUUACUUUUGUGGUUGUCAAUGGAUUCACCAGUACCAUCAUCGAAGACCUUCUCCAUGAGAAGUGUCAUCUCUCCUGCUAUAAAGCAGAUGAAGUUGUCAAAAUCUCUAACCGUUUUGUUAUCUUGUGGAGCGGUUCGUACGGGGCCUGAAGAUGCAACGGAUUUCGUUUCGACGAUAUUUCGAGGUGUAGAUUGUCUAUCAACGUCACUAUUUAAUGUGACUAAGUUUUAACUUUCCGGCUUUGCCGUGAACUUUAUUUCGACGCAUUCGAGCUUUACUCAGAAUUCGCUGUCAAUUUAUCCUAGAGGUUUCUCUACUCUUAUCAUUUAUGUUGUAUUGUCUCUUGUUCUGUUGGUAGAACCAGGAUUAUUCCUGCUUGAAAGUGUAGUCCGAAUGUUUUAAGUAUUAAUGAAAGUAGUGUUCAAAAAAAAAUAUACAUAUAUAUAUAUAUAUAUA